UUUCAGAUUUCUUCAACAUUGGUAAUUUCUUAGCAUAGAAAACUAGACUCUCUAUGAGCGCUUUUUCGGAUUUCUUCAAAAAAGCUCAUGAUGCUCUCAAUGGAAUUCGUGGCGUGAACUCAUUUUUUCUGGGUCGAGAUGGCGACGUUGUAUAUUCCAAAAAUAACGUGUGCGUUCAUGAAACCGACGCAAAAGCAGGAGAAGAUGAAGCGCACUGUCCCGGAUAUCUUACUGUACACUGCCAAUGUGAUGAGUCCAUGGGUCUCACACUGAUUUUGCAGUGGUUGCCGAAUUUGACGUUGCAAAAGAAUCCACAAAGCAUAAGAAGUGUGUCACCACGUGGGAAGCAAAAUCGAGAUGAGAAUGGACAAGCCAUGCCCGCUAAACCAGCAGAUGAAGUCAAAGUUUCUCUACUCUCAGAUGAAGAAAGUAGUGUCUCACUUGACAUUCAAAUCGAAGAGUGCGGCACUGCAGUGCCUGUGAAACAGGUGAAACGACCAACAACUUUGGUACCUUAUGGACAGCAAGAAGAUCAUAGUUUUAAUGAUGCACUAGGCGUUCCAUCAAUUAAUGUUAUACCCCAUACACCAAUCAAACACGAGAACAAUGAAAUUCGCACUGAAAAUGCAAAAGAUGAAUCUGAUAAAAUGUCGCAAUCCUCAUUGUCUACGUCUUGCGCCGACGAAAUGUCGGAUAAGGAAUUAAGCUCCUCGGAAGACGGGGAUGAUGAUUGUGAAAAGCCAGAUCCUGGGGUAGGGCUGGAGAAGAUUUUGGAAUCAACACAGAUGUUCGAUAAAACUCCAGAACAAUUUGCACUAGAACACGAUUUAAUGCUCACUGACACAAAGAGCAAUGACAGCGAAGAACAAUCUCGAGGCCGUAAAAAAGCGGCAGGCACUACCAGUCUUUUCUCGGUCAAUCUUGGAAAAAUGCGGAGCAUGCGUGUGUUCUACUCGAACACGGAGUGCACAUCCGGGCAAUUAGUGAUCGCCACUCUUGACUCGCAUUACAAGAUCCUUCAUUUUCAUCAUGGUGGACUGGACAAACUCGCCUACAUCUUUGAACAAUGGUCGUCAAUAAAGGCGCGAAGCGUGCAAGAAGGCUCUCCGUCAGCAAUAGCCGAUAAGCAGCUUAUAAUAUGCCAGCCUGCAGUCACAAAAGUGGAAAAAGAUCCAGAAGAGGGGUUAUUUGAGAAGAUAACUCUAAACACUUGGAGAAGUUAUGAGAACAAAUCGGGUGUUAUAAUAGACAGUGGCACUGUAAGGAAGCAUAUUUUCUUUGCCUCCAUGGAUGUAGAGAUGCGUGAGAAAGUGUGGCCCUUUUUACUACGAGUCUACCCUUGGGAAUCAUCAGCAGAUCAAAGAGAAAACAUUAAAAAUGAUUUGUUUCUCGAGUACCAAAAUAUUAGGAAGAGGCGUUAUCGCGUCACUGAGAAUGCUCAGGCUCGCUGGAUUUCUAUCGAGAACUCAAUUGUGAAAGACGUUGUCCGGACAGAUCGAAAAAAUCCGUUUUUCGCAGGCGACAACAAUCCAAAUAGUGAAAUCAUGAAAAAUAUUCUUCUAAACUAUGCGGUCAUGUAUCCAGAUAUAAAUUAUAUUCAAGGAAUGUCCGACCUUCUCGCACCACUUUUAAGCACCCUGAAAGACGAAGUAGACUCAUAUUUCUGCUUCAAAAAUUUUAUGCAACAAACCGUAUUCUCGUCCACGCCACAGGGAAACGAAAACUUAAUGGAGACCAAUUUGACAUAUCUCAGAAACAUGUUGAGAAUGUUUGUUCCAGAUUUCUAUGAACAUCUUGAAAAACAAAGACCGGAUGCAAUGCAGCUGAUGUUUGUACACCGUUGGAUUCUGCUCUGUUUCAAGAGAGAGUUUCCAGAAAAUUACGCACUUCAUAUCUGGGAGUGUUGCUGGGCUCAUUAUCGUACCAACUACUUUCAUCUCUUUGUAUGUGUUGCAAUCGUCUCAAUUUACGGAAAAGACGUCCUAACACAGGAUCUCCCACACGAUGAGAUUCUGCUCUUCUUCGCAUCACUCGCAAACCACAUGGAUGCGACUUUAGUCUUACAAAAAGCUCGUGGACUUCUCUUUGAGUUCACAAGAAUGGAAAAAAUUCCGUGUGUUUUGGAAGGUCUGUGCUCUGCAGAAAUGGAGCAGUGGAACUCUCACAAGUCGUACCGAAACUUUUAUUGUAAUCAGAGUCAUAUUGAUAAAGAAUCAUGCCCAUACCAGUGAUCGAUUCCGGAUAGACGUAUCAAUCAGCUUUUCAUCGACCAUAUUGACUUUUUUUUUCAAAUUUUCGUACAAAUCCUUAGUUUUUCUUCUUUUUUAUCCUGAAUUUUAUUUCACCUUUCAAUUAUUUUUUCAAACAAAAUAUAUUUUCACAAUUCUCUUCGAAAAGUUCAAGACAAAAUAAACGUCAUUUUAAAAA